GGCCCAAGAAGGACAAGCCAGGGGGGAAAAACACGCCACAGCCAUCGAAGCAUAAGCCUCCCGCCGGGUGGACGUUCAAAAGCAAGAUUUUCCUCUUUGGCUGCUCUCUUUAUAAUUAGUCUUCGCCUCGGAGCGGCUGUACAAUCCUCAGCAGUGUCCUGAGACUGUACGGUCGGCUCCAUAUCCCGAGUCCCCCAGCACCUCAACCACUUGACUCAACUAUAGGUAUUACUUUCUCACACUCGCCGCGAAGAGGCUGAUAAGGAAAGAAGAAAAAUACCAAAUCCCACAAAAUAAUAACAACGACAAAGUUCGGCUCUGCGUGUGUGAAGGAGGGGGAGAGAAAGUGAAGGAAAGUCGCUGAGGGAAAAGAAGUAUGAAUGCUGCCUUCUGUAGUGCAUUGCGAGUUUGAACUUCGAUUAUCACCAGCACUUCGUCCUCGCUUCUCUAUAAACGCGAAUCGCCAAAACCAUGACAGCCGAGAAGGAAAAGAAAAGAAGUAACUCAGAGAGGAGGAAGGAAAAGUCGAGAGAUGCAGCAAGAUACAGAAGGAGUAAGGAGACUGAAGUGUUUUAUGAACUGGCUCACCAGCUGCCGCUGCCCCAUAAUGUCAGCACACACCUGGACAAAGCUUCUAUCAUGCGCCUGACCAUUAGUUUCCUACGUACCCGCAAGCUUUUGGACUCGGGAACACCAGAAAAUGAAACUGAAAUUGAAAAGCAAAUGGAUUCCUUGUACCUUAAAGCCCUGGAAGGAUUUAUCAUGAUGGUCACACAGGAUGGAGACAUAAUUUUCCUGUCAGAAAAUAUAAGCAAGUACAUGGGUCUAACACAGGUGGAGUUGACAGGACACAGCAUUUUUGAUUUCACCCAUCCUUGUGAUCAUGAGGAGAUAAGAGAAAACCUGGCUAUAAAAAAUGCGCCAGGCUUUGGAAGGAAACAUAGAGAUAUGAACACAGAGCGUGACUUUUUCAUGCGAAUGAAAUGCACAGUGACAAACCGCGGACGAACUGUCAACCUCAAGUCUGCCACCUGGAAGGUGUUGCACUGCACAGGCCACAUCAAAAUAUACAAUGCCUGCCAAUCCCACACACUUUGUGGAUAUAAAGAGCCACCUCUGAAUUGUCUGAUCAUGAUGUGUGAGCCAAUUCAACAUCCAUCCAACAUUGAGGUUCCACUGGACUGCAAGACAUUCCUGAGUCGCCACAGCAUGGAUAUGAAAUUUACCUACUGUGAUGAGAGAAUUGCAGCACUGAUGGGAUACUGUCCUGAUGAACUGCUUGGCCGUUCAGUUUAUGAGUUCUACCAUGCACUGGAUUCAGAUCACAUGAUUAAAAGUCACCAGAACUUAUGCACGAAAGGUCAGUCAGUUACUGGCCAGUACCGGAUGCUUGCUAAACGAGGUGGAUAUGUGUGGGUUGAGACCCAGGGGACAGUCAUCUACAACAGCCGUAACUCUCAGCCACAGUGCAUUGUCUGCAUCAACUAUGUUCUGAGUGAAAUUGAGGAGAACAAUGUUGUAUUCUCAAUGGACCAGACAGAGUCUCUCUUCAAACCAUGCCAGACUGUGAGAAAUAUGAAUGGGAGACACAUUAAUGGUGCUCCAGUGCCAGAUGAUGGUCAACUGCUGUUUAGUAAAUUGAAGGAAGAACCUGAGGAACUAGCACAACUUGCUCCUACACCUGGAGAUUCCAUCAUCUUACUUGACUUCGGAAAUCAACAGUAUGAGGAAGCCCCUCUUUACAAUAAGGCUAUUAUGCCACCAAGCAAGCCGUGGCCUAUGGAAGUCACAAAAUCAAAUGCGAAAUGUCCUUCUGAACUAAACAAGCAAUCGUCUCUGGAUCUACGCGCCUUUACAGUGCCCCAGGUCCCAUCUGGCAGUUCCAGUCCACAUACCUGCAGCAGCACCUCAAGUUCUUCACCAAGCAGCCCUGGAGAUUACUACAGUUCCUUGGACAAUGAACUUAAGAUAGAACUGAUUGAGAAGCUUUUUGCUAUGGACACUGAAGCAAAAAAACACUGUAGCACUCAGGCAGAAUUGAGUGAUCUGGACCUUGAAACACUGGCUCCAUACAUCCCGAUGGAUGGGGAAGACUUCCAGCUAAGCCCGAUAUGUCGUGAUGAGCAAGCCGUUUCUGAAAACCCAUCAAGGACUCAAGAUUAUUCAGUCAAUGUGAACAGUAUGCUCCAGUCAUUUGCUCCAAAUUUUGUGACCUUGCACAGACAGCUGCCUCCGCAAAAGUACUGUACCCAGAUGUCAUCAGUAAAGAAGAAUGAUCCCAACCAAAUCCCUCCACUGGGUUACAACACCAGAAAUGGUGUUCCUCUGCCACCUUACCAUUCACCUCUAAGUACUCCAGUAUCCUCAGUGGGUUGCAAAACAGGUGGUCAGUGGCCUCCUGAUCUACCUUUCAACUGUAUGGCGAGGAAGUGGAAACUGAUGGAUCAGAGGACUGGAUCGUUGCCUGGUAUCCCACCUGGUGUCCCACCUUGCCAGUUGGUGCACACGUCACUCUAUAAAGAAAGAUCCCUGGAUAACUUCGGACAACAUGGAAAAGACACCAUCAGUGAACUGAAUUUCAGAAACAAUUUGAAACGGAAACUACAGCUGGAUUUUGGAGAGCAGAUAUUUCAGCAAUCAACAGAAUCUCCAUAUGAAGACCCACCAAGAAGUAAUACUUCUACACAAAUGUUGUGGAAAAGAAUGAAAAGCAUUAAAUCUGAACAUAAUCCUCCUCUAAUGGAGAAAAAAUCAUUGAGUUCAGGUUCACUUACAGGAAUGGCAACCCGCCUUUUGGGUUCCUCAUUUUUGGCCUACUCUUUGCCAGAGCUGACAAGGUAUGACUGUGAAGUAAAUGCACCUGUGAUGGGAAGCUCAACACUUUUGCACGGACGUGAACUGCUCAGAGCGCUUGACCAAGCAACUUAGAGUCGUGCCAUUAUUGCUAUCCUGAAUUGUGAUAAUAGCUUCAAGUUUAUAAAAGUUACUUUUUUUUGCGAGUAGUCCAUUAUUGAUGUAGUUUAAAAAAAAUCACUCGCUUGUUCAAUGAGUCCACAAUUUUAUGUAAUAAAUCUUCUCAGAUUAAUAUGUACUAUUAUUCUUGCCAUUACAACAUCUUAAUGUUCUUUAAUGUUCUGUCUUUGUUUUCAGUAAACAGUUUCAUCAACAUUCUGGUAGCAUUAUAUGUUAUUUCCUAAUUUUCCACUUACCCUUUCAAUUAAAAAAGCAGCUAUUUUCUUGUGUUGAAAAAUGCACUUAAUUUUUUUGAAAGACAAUUAAAAUGUUCCACUAUUUUUCCUACAAAAGAUCAGUGAAUUAAAAUACUAACUGCUAAAAAAGCUAUCUUGGUAGUAGAUACAGUGUAUUGUAUGUGGACAUUUUGCUCAGUUGCACACUGUAGCUUCAAUAAGCUUCAUCUUCGUGGUGACUCAUUUACUAAAUAUUAAGCUUAUAAAGAUUUAUAGAUCUUUGGUGUUAAUCUUGUACUGGUACUUUGAGUAGCAGAAACAGAAUGGAUUUCUACUUGUAUUCACAUAACCAAUUUUUUUAAGUGUUGGUUUUGCAUUCAAUUGGUGUUCUGGUCAGUGAUAACUGGGGAUGUCUUGAAAAGAAGGCAAGAAGCCAACAAUUUAAUAUUAAUGUUUAUUAAAAAUCUGGAAUAUUUUAGAUAUGUAAUGCACCGUAAGAGAAUACAUCAAAACAAUGUAAAAGAUUUAAAGUAUAUUUAGUUGUAUUUUUCUUUGGUCAAAUAUAACAGUUCUUUUAUCCUGCUGAAAUGUUGUGAAGCUUAAUGGAACCCUAUCAAUUUAAGGUCAACCCCUUAUGCUCUAUAAAUGAGGCUGUUGCAAGAAACAAAAUAUAUCAAAAUUAAUUGUACUAAAAAGAUUCCUUAGGCAAAUCAGAAUAGAAGGGUGGAAAGGUCAAAUUGCACUGUCAUAAGUGAAAUAAAUGAGACCCAAAAUGUUUGUUUGUUCCUUAAGCUCAAGUUUUCCCUUUACAGGGGCACUUUUACAGAGUGUAACAUUUUAUCCUGACACUUCAUUCCAAUAGUAAGUGUGCCCAGCAGAAUAUACAAUAUGCAGAAGGUUUGACUUCAAUAAGAUAAAGUUGAUUCUUUUGUAGGGAACCUUAAAGUAUCACAUGUUUUCAAUGUUUUCUUCAAAAAAAUGCAUAUACCAGACUAAUUCCUUAAGAAUGAAAGGGCCAUGGUAUAAUGAAUUUGAAGUAAAGCAUCCAUUUGAUAUUUUGGCUCAAAAUUAGCAUGCCAGUGUUUCAGUUCUAAUAUUAACAGCUAUAGAUUUUUAUUACAAGUAUUUAAUAUCUGUAUGGAGUGCCUCUUAAUAUCUUUUCUGUAUGGGAAAUUUUAAUCUAAUGAGGUAAUGUAUUUUUUGACAUCAGUAUCUUAUUAAAGCAUAAAACAUUUCAUGUCAUAUAUCUGCAUCCAUUUUUUA